GCCCAGUGUAAUGUCAUGGCGGCCUCGGUUUUACCAUUUGUGCGCGGGAUCGACUGUAGUAAUUAUGAUUUCAUGAAUGGGAAUUUUCCUGAGAGUAUUAGCGAAAUGGUCGGCCUGCGGUGGCUGAAACUUGAUCAGACAGGCUUAACAGAGGCUCCAGAAGAGCUGGGAAAGCUUCAAAAAUUGGAACAUUUGAGCUUGAAGAGAAACAAACUUGACAAAGUGUAUGGUGAAGUGACUACUCUCCCGUGUUUACGCUCCCUUAACCUACGUUACAACAGCUUGAGGAGCUCAAGCUUACCCCAAGAUAUUUUCCGAGUUGAAGAGCUCACCACUCUUGAUCUCAGUCACAACAACCUGAGACAAGUCCCUGAUGGACUAGAAAGAGCAAAAUCUCUACUUGUCCUCAACCUCAGCCACAACAAUAUCGAAGCAAUACCCAGCCAACUAUUUGUUCAAUUAACGGAUUUGCUGUUCUUGGAUUUGAGCCAUAACCGCCUUGAAACUCUACCUCCUCAAACCAGAAGAUUAGUUAACUUACAGACAUUGAUUCUCAAUGGAAACCCAAUGGGAAACUAUCAAAUGAGGCAACUGCCUUCAUUAACAGCCUUGAGAAGCCUGCAGGUUCGGGAUACUCAAAGGAGUGUUUUAAACAUCCCAUCUUCCCUGGAAGCCUUACUUGAUGUCAAUGAAGUGGACCUUUCACAGAAUGGUCUCUCUAGAAUACCUGAUGGGCUUUUUGUGCUUCCAACAUUGAGAAGGCUCAACAUGAGCAAUAAUGUCAUGACAGAACUUCAUUCAGCCAUUGAUUUAUGGUCCAAACUUGAAACAGUGAAUUUAAGCCGAAACCAGUUGCGAUCGUUGCCUGAGUCUAUUUGUUUAUUAUCGUGUCUUCGUCGACUGUACGUUGAUUCGAACAAUUUGGAAAGCGAAGGUCUACCUGCCGAAUUAGGUCGCUUACCAGUACUUGAAGUGUUUUCUGCUUCAGACAACAAGUUGGAAACUAUCCCCGAUACGUUUCUCAAGUGUGUCUCACUGAAAAAGCUCAUCCUUAUUAACAAUCGGCUACGGCAUUUACCCAAAGGAAUCCAGUAUCUUCCUAAAUUAGAAUUAAUCGAAACCAGAGGCAAUCCUGAUUUCAAAGCUCCACCUAAACCCAAUCCUAACGCUUUGGCUAACGCAUACUAUAACAUCGAUUUUUCUUUACAACAUCAACUGAGACUGGCAAGUGCUGCAGGAACAGUAGCGUUGCCUACACCGCAAGAAUCAGGCACGCUUUCUAAACAAUCUUCAUUGGACGCCGGAAGUAAUACGUCCCUUGACAAAGACAACGUUCGCAAAAGAGGUCGACGAGGAAGACAUCAGCAAGAAGAAGCGGAUCAAGAUCAAGCUAAAAUUCUAAAAGGUCUAAAAGACGUCGCCAAGGACAAAAAUCAUAAGUCAAUUGACGAAUUGAAAGCUGAAUCUCUCAAGCCAAGAAAAUGGGUAGAGUCCUUGGAGAAACCGACGCUCGAUUACUCUGAAUUCUUUGAGGAAGACGUCGGUCAGAUUCCUGGAUUGACUAUUUGGGAAAUUGAGAACUUUCUUCCUUGUCAAGUUGACGAAUCCGUCCACGGAAAAUUCUACGAAGCUGAUUGUUACAUUGUACUUAAAACGUUUGUCGACGAGAGCGGAUCACUCAGUUGGAAAAUUUCCUUUUGGAUCGGAGAAAAGGCCACGUUGGAUAAAAAAGCGUGCGCAGCCAUUCAUGCCGUCAACCUGCGGAACUUUCUUGGCGCACAAUGUCGAACAAUACGAGAAGAACAAGGGGAUGAAUCGCCAGAAUUCAUUGCCAUGAUCGACGGUGAACUUGUUUAUUUAGAAGGUUGCCGUACUGCCUCGGGCUUCUACACAGUUGAUGAGAUCGAAUUACCUGCUCGGCUGUACCGAAUACACGCAUCCGGUCCAUCAAUUCAUCUCGAACCUGUAGCAGUUCAUGCUGACGAACUUGAUCCACGACAUGUCUUUCUUCUUGAUGCUGGGAAAAAAAUGUUUAUCUGGACAGGAAUCAAAUCCAAGAACACUCUCAGAUCUAAGACGCGUCUACUAGCUGAAAAGAUAAACAAAGAGGAACGUAAAGGCACAGCCGAUAUAAUUGUCUGCGCUCAAGGCAAAGAGACGGAUGGUUGGUGGGAAGUAUUGUCAUCUGAAUCUGACGAAACCUAUCGACCGUCCAUCAUUCGCGAACAUGUAGCACAAGAGUUUGUUCCAUUUGCCGCCAAACUGUACCGCGUCGGCCUCGGAAUGGGAUAUUUGGAAUUACCUCAGGUGGAGCUAACUACUAAAGGAAAACUAGAGCACAAGUUGCUCGAAGCGAAUGGUGUCUAUUUGAUUGAUUGUCUUGGUGAAGUUUUCAUAUGGAUUGGUAAACAAUCAACCCGCCUUGUUCGCGCUGCAGCCCUGAAGCUGGCUCAUGAACUAACCGCCCUGAUCACACGCCCCACGUUUGCUGUCGUGACCAAAAUUUCUGAAGGCACUGAACCCAUGAUUUUUAAGACAAAAUUUUCUGGCUGGAACGAUGUUAUUGCCGUUGACUUUACAAGAACAGCGGAUUCUGUUCGCAAAACUGGUGCUGACUUAGGAAAAUGGGCAUCUGAACAACAAACCAAGGUUGAUAUUUCCGCCUUGUUCACUCCAAGACAACCUCCCAUGUCUGCAGUUGAAGCCCAGCAACUUUCUGAUGAUUGGAAUGAAGACCUUGAGGCAAUGGAAGCGUUUGUUUUGGAAAAUAAAAAAUUCGUUCGAUUGCCCGAGGAAGAUAUGGGUCAUUUUUACAGUGGUGAUUGCUACGUCUUCCUAUGCCGUUACUGGAUUCCAGCUACCGAAGUCGAGCCCGAUGCAAAGAAUGAAGACGACGACCCUCAGGAUGAUUUUCAAUGCGUCGUCUAUUUUUGGCAGGGAAGAGAUGCCUCGGACAUGGGGUGGCUUACUUUUACGUUCAGCUUGCAGAAAAAAUUCGAAUCUCUUUUCGGCAGCAAGCUUGAGGUGGUGCGAACGAGACAACAGCAAGAGAAUUUGAAAUUUUUAUCACAUUUUCAUCGCAAAUUUGUUAUUCAUCGAGGAAAACGAAAACCAGUCAAAGGAGAAGACUGGACAGCUCCUACAGAAUUUUUCCAAAUUCGUAGUUCUGGUUCGACACUAUGCACAAGAUGCAUACAAAUUCAAGCGGAUUCAUCUCUGCUAAACUCGUGCUUCUGCUACAUAUUGAAAGUGCCUUUUGAUAAGGAGGAUCGCAGUGGAAUUGUCUAUGUUUGGGUUGGAAGUAAAGCUGAUCCAGAAGAAGCUCGGAUCACGGAGGAGAUUGCACGGGAGAUGUAUGAUGGGGAAAGAUUUAGUUUACAGGUGCUAAAUGAAGGGGAAGAACCUGACAAUUUCUUCUGGGUCGGCUUGGGAGAGCGUAAGCCCUAUGACACUCAAGCCGAUUUUCUGGACUAUGCCAGACUUUUCCGAUGUUCCAACGAACGAGGGUACUUUGCCGUCUCGGAAAAGUGCUCAGACUUUUGUCAGGACGAUCUUGCAGACGAAGAUAAUAUGCUGCUAGAUAAUGGUGAUCAAGUGUUCCUCUGGCUUGGUUCAAGAAGUUCAGAGGUAGAGGUUAAACUUACCUACAAAGCAGUACAAGUAUAUAUGCAACAUUUACGAGUCCAACAACCUCAACGACCACGACAGUUGUUUCUAACCCUGAAAUUCAAAGAGACUAAACGCUUCACUAAGUGCUUCCACGGCUGGUCAACCUGGAAACUCCCUGUUUGAUUUUGUAAGCAUAAUAGCGUGCUUUGGCUUUGAAAGUGUAUAGGUUUUGCUUUUAAUUACAAUAAUAUUGCGAAAAUUGU